AUGCAUUCGAUUCUUAUGAUAGUAUUAUUUAUCGGGUUGGUCGGCGUUUCAUAUCCAAGAUACAUUUUAAGUCGUUUCAACCCUUUUCAAUCAUCACUUGAUCUUAUCGACUUCAAUUUUAGGGAUUUAUUCCCUCCACGACCAGCUUUAGACGGAUUCGCAAGGAAUCAACUAUCUUCUCAGUUACAACAGUUGUUACGAUCUACCGAAAAUCGUAAUUUUCAAGCCGAUCCUUUAAGGGAUAUAUUAACACCAAAUGAGUACAGAUGGAUGCAACCAGAUUAUGAACUACAACAGUUGCAAUCAACUGAAGAUCGCGAUAACGGAAAUAGUGUACAAGCAACCUUAGAUGAUAUGGAAUUAAACAGUUCAGAAGAUUUAAUUUCGAGUGAGGUGCAGGACCUAAUCGCUGGAUUAGAUAAAGUUCUACAACUUGAUAGAAUUUGUUUCGUGUGUACAGUUCGAGCAAUAAGACACUGUAUCGAGAGAUAUUGUGCUUCAAACUUAAGAGCAGCUUAA